AAGCCUUCUUGCCUCAUUCCCCAACCCUUCUCUCCAUCAUGUUUCAGGCGAUAUUUUCUCCUUCUUACCUCCCUUUUUUCCUCUUGUAAUUUCCCUCCCUCACCUUCUCUCUCCGGGAUAUAGAAUCGAUUAUUAUGCUGCGGAGGUUCGUGGACAACGUUCUUGCCGUCACGAAGGAUUUCCCAUGAACUUUUUGUUGUAGUAGAUGAAACGACAUGGCAAAAUAACACCCUACCUCUUCUUUCCUGGACCAAUUGGACUUGAAUUCCAGAAGUUUGUAUGUUGCAGCAUAGGCUUGAAUCAGCUGUUGUGUGUUUCGAUCAUUUACUAUGUUGAAGAUCAGUGAAGACAUUCACUUAUGAAUCUUUGAACAAUAUUACGAGGCUAAUUAAUGGAUGUUCAGCACUUGUAUUGACCAUUCUGCCAGGGAAUACUAGCAUUUUAGAAGGCCUCCAUGGCUGGGAGCUGAGACCCACUCUUCGUGGACCUCGACUUCCUCGUUGGAUGGAAAAACUAUUUACAAGUUUGGGCAAUGGAUGAUGGAUGCUGUUGAAACAAGGUGGAAAUGUAUAGUUGAAGACAAAAGGUGUAGAAGGGUGGAUGAAGAGAAUUCCAUUCUUUUAGGGUUUUAGAGGAUUUGCCCCCUUCCCUCCUAAUUAGGCAAGCUGAGCUGAUCUUUCCCAUGAGUUCACAUUGAUGGAAAGUGGGGUUUCUUCUUUCAACAAAUUCAUCCAUGAACUUUCUGUGGAUGCUGAAACCUCCUCAACAGUAGAUUCUAUAUCUGGGGAAGAAGAUAAUGACGACAGCAUGUUUCCUGCCUCUCCUAUGUCUCAGUCUUCACGCCUAUCCCAUACAAGCAGUUUCAGCAGAUAUGAUCGACGUUUACUACGUGUUAUCAAGUGCUUGCUUUCCUGGAUUUUGUGGCCUGCAACAUUUCUUCUUAAGGUACCACUUAUCAUAUGUGAAUCAGCUGGUUUAUGGAGAGUUGAAACAUUCCCUAAAAAUAGCCCAAAAGGCCACCAGUCAUCAGGUCCUCAUCAUACCAAGAAGUCGAUUCAACUUAAGGACCAUGUUGUUCAGCAUGCCACUGACCGGAGACGUGGAGUUGUUGAGGAUCUCCAGCUAGCUAUUGAGAUAUUUAUUGAGUCAGUUUUUGACAUUUUUCACAAGGCAGCACAUUUUAUUCUUUCACCUUCUGAAGUGCGCCACAGAUUAUUUGGAUGGUUUUCAUCUCAUGAAAGUAGUGGGAGGGAUAAUUAUGAUAGUGACACAGAUGUAGCUGUUCAAACUGCUACUCUUAGUGAUGCUGAUCCAGCUCCAACUGAAAGGCAGACUACAUUUCAUCAGUCUCUGAAUACGGAUGCUCGAACUUGUCAGGAUGUCAUAUCAGAACUUGGGUAUCCUUAUGAGGCUAUCCGGGUGGUUACUUCUGAUGGAUAUGUGCUACUUCUGGAGAGAAUUCCAAGGCGUGAUUCAAGGAAGGUUGUCUAUCUGCAGCAUGGAGUAUUAGAUACAUCUAUGGGUUGGGUGUCUAAUGGUGUUGUUGGUUCUCCUGCAUUUGCGGCUUUUGAUCAAGGUUAUGACGUAUUUCUAGGGAACUUACGUGGUUUGGUUUCAAGGGAACAUGUGGACAAGAAUAUUUCUUCACGCAAGUAUUGGAGAUAUUCCAUCAACGAGCAUGGGACGCAAGAUGUACCUGCAAUGAUAGAAAAGAUACAUGAAAUAAAAAUGUCUGAGUUAAACAUAAUCAGCAAAUCUGAUUCAGAAGAUGAAGUCCAUGAUCAGCCGUAUAAACUUUGUGCAGUAUGCCACAGCUUGGGAGGAGCGGUGAUGCUGAUGUAUGUCAUAACACGUAGGAUUGAAGCAAAGCCUCAUAGGCUGUCAAGGUUGAUCUUGUUAUCUCCUGCAGGCUUCCAUGAGGACUCUACAGUAGCAUUUACCUUGAUAGAGAAACUCCUCCUUGUUCUUGGUCCAGUGCUUGCUCCGAUUGUGCCCGCACUGUAUAUACCUACCAGAUUCUUUCGGAUGCUUCUAAACAAGUUGGCCAGAGACUUCCACAACUACCCUGCCUUAGGAGGUCUUGUUCAGACUCUCAUGGGCUAUGUUGUAGGGGGCGACAGCUCAAAUUGGAUAGGGGUGAUCGGGUUGCCUCAUUAUAACAUGUAUGACAUGCCUGGGGUGUCGCUUCAUGUUGCCCUUCACCUUGCACAGAUGAAGCACGCAAGAAAGUUUAUAAUGUAUGAUUAUGGAAGUGCAGCUGCCAACGUGGAAGCAUAUGGGACACCAGAGCCGUUGGACUUGGGGGAGCAUUACAACCUUAUCGACAUGCCUGUUGAUCUCGUAGCAGGGCGGAAAGACAAAGUUAUUCGGCCUUCUAUGGUGAGGAAGCACUACAGGAUGAUGAGAAGGGCAGGUGUGGAGGUCUCAUACAAUGAGUUUGAAUAUGCUCAUUUGGACUUCACAUUUUCACACAGGGAGGAGCUUUUGGCUUAUGUCAUGUCCCGUCUACAUCUGGUUCUGCCUCCACAAAAGCAACAGGGCAAUCAGACGACAGUCAGAAUCAGAAAACUAAACAAGACCAGGUUAAACAACAGUGGGGAUGAUGCAUAGUGUAUACAAAGAGAUGAAAUUAAGCCUUCAGCCGAAGGAUGUUCUAUCAUUGUCUUUGUUGUUUGAAUAACUUUUAUAGCUUCACUAUCAGUACAGUUUGAAGCUCAAAGUGUAUUGUCAUAGUGGCGAUGUGAGAGUGUAGGCAGGGGAUUAUUUUUGCACCCCUUGUUGACCAUACACAGAGUGGUGAAGGAAAGCUGACAAGUCAUUGUACUAUUUAUCUUAGUAGCUAUCUACAUCUACAUUGGAAACUAAUACCUCUAUCCAGUAUGCACGGUUGCUGGUGGAUUGAUGUCCUGAGUAA